ACUCUGGCCUGGAAAGAAGCGCGGGAUAUAAAAAGGAGAUCUAGCUGUAUGGGACAAUAGGGAAAAGCCUAGAAAAGGAUCGAACAGCGGGCGACCAGUUCGGGGCACCCGCGCUGUGGUGGUAGGCCAAGGAGUAAUUUCGCAACCAAUUCCCACCAGCGGCAGGGAUGGGUUGUGAUUUCUGAAGCGCCUGGGCUAUAAGGUUUGGUCUUUGGCGCACCAGUUCUAAGGUUUUGCUGCUGUUUCCCACUUUCUUGUUGCUAAAAUAAAGCUACUUGUUCCAUUUUCCUUUGGCUUGAGUGAGCUCAUCAUUCCCCCCUUUCCCGUGCUUUUGUCUUUUCGAUGUUCGCUAAGACCUCACCUCACCAUAGGCUUCCCUGCUGCGUCAACUCGUACUCACUUUCUCCGGCCUAAGUUGAGUGUAGAACUAAACUUUCUAGGAGUUGCACACCUCUCAUUGCCUAUUAUAUACAUCUUUCUAGGAAGGGUGGUAUUAUUUUGACUCUCUUGAAGCCCUCCUCCCCCCCUCUCUUCCAUGGGAGACUCCAAAGAAAGAGAACCUCUUCCACGGCUGCUUGAUCUUAUCCCGGAUGGGAAACAAUGUAAGGGGAGGGAAGCACAAGGCGCAGGAAGAUCAUCAAGGAACACAGGCUUUGGGAGCGAGGAGGACAAGCACCUAGAGCUCAAACUCGGUCCUCCGGGUCUCGUCGAACAAGGGGCGACAGCAGCAGCGUCAAGAGGGAUACAGCGAGAGAUUCCGGCUCUCUCGCUUGGUUGCUUCCCACAUAAACCCUCCUCCAAGCCUGCAAUAAACACUACUGCGACUGGGACAAAGAGGGGGUUCUUAGACACCAUUGAGGCCAAAACAGAAGGUCGUGAUGAGCAGAAGCAGCAGGCUGGAGCUGGAUGUGGGAAGGAACUAGCACUGGACCAGAAGAUAACAGCCGCGAGCGAGAGAAAGAAAGGAUUCUGCCCGCCAACAUCACAGCAUGCCCCUCCUCCUGCUGCUGCAACUGUGCACGACAGAUCACACGCCCAGGGAAGAAGGUCUUCAGCUCCGGUUGUCGGUUGGCCUCCAGUGAGAUCCUUCAGGAGAAAUCUUGCUCAUGGCAGUUCAUCCAAACAAUCCAUUGAGCCACAAAAUACUGAAGCUAGCAUGAAGGAGAAGCUUGCCUGCAAGAAGAAUCCUCUUGUAAAAAUCAACAUGGAUGGAAUCCCCAUUGGAAGGAAAGUAGACCUUGGAGCCUAUGACAGCUACGAGAGGCUAUCAUUGGGCGUCAAAGAGCUUUUCCAUGGUUUUCUUGAAGCUCAAAAGGAUCUAUCUAGUGCUGGAAGUACACAGCCAGGGGCCACUGAAAAAAUAUUUUCUCAAUUAUUGGAUGGAUCUGGUGAAUAUACUCUAGUUUACCAAGACAAUGAAGGAGACAGGAUGCUGGUAGGGGAUGUGCCGUGGAAUGUAUUUGUGUCAACUGCUAAAAGGCUGAGGGUUUUGAGGAGCUCAGAGCUUUCCCAUGGUUUGGUAGGCACAAGGGCACCUCAAAUUGCAGUAGCUCCUAGAAGAGGACCAGAUUGCUGAAAGCCUGAAACAGUGUCAAAAUUCUAUCAUUUGAAAUGUCAUAAAUAAUUACAUGCACCUGAUGACACCAGCUGCAAAACCUGGAAGUUACCUCCAAGCUGCCCUGGUGACCCAGUGACCAUACCCCAGAAGUUCUCAAAGAAGUCAAGAUAAACAGAAGGUGGCAUUGGUUUUCUAGCAUCUAGCAUGAUAGAAAUACAUCAAGUGGCACUUCUUAAGUGCUUAAGACUGUUCAUGCAAUCAUGCCUACCACUUGAAAAGUGGAAUAUUAUUGAUGCCAGACUUCAUGCAAAUCUCAGUGAAGCAAACUUCAUCCUUUUUGCACAGUUAUGUACAGUACAGCAGAAGACCUUAAGUUGCAAGGCGAAAGCAUGAAGCCAGAUACUAUGACUUAUGAGUAGAAUCCUACGAUGUUCAGCUGUUGAAAAAGGGAGGUCCAAAAUAAGACAAAUAUCUUACCCAAAAAAUAAACUGCCAACUAGUCCUCACAGACUUGAAGCACCUUCAGCCUCCUGAGAGUCCUCUUCCAGAGAGCAAUAUUCACCCGGAUGCUUCAAGGCCUAGGAAUUGGGGACAGAUGAAAUAUCUUUGUCACUGGAGCAUCACUAAAUUCCAAACAGCAGGAAAAGAAGAGAUGGGGUGAAUUACAAAAGAAUCUUAGUCCAUUUUGCACUAUCCUUGCCUGACAUCUGUCUCUGCAGUGUUGUGAGUUCAUGUUGCCGCUUGCAGUUCUAAUGUAUAUUUACCUGUAUCUGUAUGAAUAAACAUUAUACUUCUUUUCGAA